GAACAUUCAUACCAACACACAACGAGAAAGAUAGAUUCUUCAUCCUUUCAAAUUAUAAUUUUCCUUUUUUUUUUAAAACAAAACUUUGUGUCAAGAGAGAGAGAUGGAGAUAGAACCAAAGUUUAAGAGGAUAUGUGUCUUUUGUGGAAGUAGUGCUGGUAAUAAAGCCAGUUACAAAGAUGCUGCUAUCGAACUCGGAACCGAACUGGUAUCGAGAAACAUCGAUCUUGUCUAUGGUGGAGGAAGCAUUGGUUUAAUGGGUUUGAUUUCUCAAGCUGUUUUCAAUGGAGGUCGCCAUGUCAUCGGGGUUAUCCCCAAGACACUAAUGCCAAGAGAGAUAACAGGAGAGACAGUGGGAGAAGUGAAGGCAGUAGCAGACAUGCACCAAAGGAAAGCUGAGAUGGCUAAGCACUCUGAUGCUUUUAUCGCUUUACCUGGUUGGUUCCUUUUCGUUUUCAUCUUAUCCACAUUUUUUAGUUUUAUUAAAAUUUUGAUCAGUAAAAAAUGGGAACUAACUAAUGUUGGUAAUUUUGUAGGUGGGUAUGGUACACUUGAAGAGCUUCUUGAAGUAAUCACUUGGGCACAGCUAGGCAUCCAUGAUAAACCAGUGGGACUGUUGAACGUUGAAGGAUACUACAAUUCAUUGUUAUCAUUCAUAGACACAGCAGUGGAAGAAGGUUUCAUUUCACCAACUGCUCGUCAUAUCAUUGUCUCUGCUCCUUCCGCUAAAGAACUUGUCAAGAAACUUGAGGAUUAUGUACCAAGACAUGAGAAGGUAGCCUCAAAGAAAAGCUGGGAGAUGGAGCAAAUAGGGCUGAGUCCUACUUGUGAAAUCUCAAGAUGAAAAAGAAAAAAGGACUAAUUAAUUUCCUUAAUCAGGACAAACCCAAUUGAAUGUUUCUCCAAAAUUGGGAUCCUUUUUAUUGAUUGUAAAACUUUAGUCCCAACAAUCGGAAAAAACAGAUUAACUUUCUUCUUUUUGUGUAGUUGAUUCUGUUGUUUUAAUGUAUUUUUUUUUUUAGUUUUUAUAUCAGGGGAAAAAAGACAGAAGAGAUGUUGGUUUUUUUUCUUAAGUUUGAAUUUUGUAAUAUGUCCCCCAACCAACAACUCAAUCUUUGGGGAUUUUUUUUCUUUAUUUGUUGACGAGUUUAAAUUUAAAUAA